UUUUCAUUAUGCAAGACCCAUCCUGUCCUGAUGAAGAUGCUGACUUCCACCACCAGUGGCUCCCAGUCUCUUCCUGACAUGCAUGAAGGGCAUUUACCCAUUCAUGUGAAUAAUGUGCGAAACAAAUUGAGAAUUAUAGUGGGGGCGUCUACCAAUUGGAGUGAUCAUGUACAAGCAAUGAAUGAAAGAAAAGCCCUGCAUACGCUCCUUGCUAAAAACCAAGCUGACCUGCCACCGAGGAAAAUGAGAGACAGCUGUAUAGAAGUUAUGCUGCCUUUAGGAAGUCAGCCUGAAAUAAGAGAAAAAUAUCUGAACGUCAACAACACUGUCAGGUUUGGCAGAAUUCUUGAAGACCUUGACAGCUUAGGAGUUCUCAUUUGUUACACUCAUACUAAACAUGAAGCUGUUCAGAGAUCUCCUUUAUCAAUUGUUACAGCACUGGUGGAUAAAAUUGGUUUAUGGAAGAAGGUAAUUCAUCCAGAUUGUGAUAUCAAGUUCACUGGGAAUGUUUCAUGGGUAGGAAGAACAUCAAUGGAAGUGAAAAUGCAUGUGCUUCAGCUACAAAAUGAUGUUUACUGUCCUGUGUUAGAUGCAACUUUUGUCAUGGUGGCUCGUGAUCCAGAAAACAAAAGGCCAGCAUUUGUUAAUCCAUUGAUUCCUGAAGGCUCAGAAGAAGAAAAAAUCUUCAAGGAAGGAGAAUUGAACAAGGUCAGAAGAACUGAUUUCAGUAAGGCCUCUUUGCUGAAAAUGGCUCCUACUGCAGAAGAAAGAACAAUUGUCCAUGACAUGUUCCUUAAUACAUUGGAUCCAAGGACAGUUAGUUUUCGGAGCCGUGUGCUGCCACCCAAUUCUGUGUGGAUGGAAGAUGCAAAACUCAAGGGUCUGGAGAUCUGCCACCCGCAGGAGCGCAACAUUUUCAAUAGAAUCUUUGGGGGAUUUCUCAUGAGAAAAGCAUAUGAACUUGGAUGGGCUACUGCCUGCAGCUAUGGAAGCUCUAGACCUUAUGUGAUAGCUGUAGAUGAUAUUAUGUUUCAAAGACCAGUUGAAAUUGGAUCCUUGUUAUUUUUUUCCUCCCAGGUAUGUUAUACUGAAGAAAAUUUCAUCCAGGUUCGGGUACACAGUGAAGUUUAUAAUUCAGACACCAGACAACACCACACAACUAACGUCUUCCACUUUACGUUCAUGUCAGAAAAUCAGAUACCACAGAUUGUCCCAAAGACAUAUGGCGAAUCCAUGUUGUAUUUAGAUGGAAAGCGGCAUUUUGAUUCAGCUAUGAAAGAAACCAAAGCAUAAUAGCCAUGCAGCUGUACAGCAAAAUGCUGUCUUUAGAAGGUCACUGCUAAGACUUGGAAGCCUAUCAAAGGAUGGUGGAGCAGCAUUUCUACUUAUAAAAAACGUGAUCAUGGAUACAGAAA